CACACCUCGACGGCUCGACGCGUACCAACCCAUCGCCUCCGGCCCCGAGCAAUCCCCGCACGAGCCCGCGCCCGCCGCGCCACCGCACAGGAGCCUCCCGUGCCGGCGCUGAUUGCCGCUGGCCUCCAUGGACCCGCGCUUCCCGCAGCCGGCGCCGUCCUUUGGCGGCGCCCCCCGUGGCCACCACCGGCGGGCGCACUCCGAGACGUUCAUCCGGCUCCCCGACGCCGACCUCCUGUUCGACCCCGAUGGGGACUUCUCCUUCUCCGACCUCGACUUCCCCUCCCUCUCCGACGACUCCCCCGCGGCCUCCGACCCCACGCCCCCGCCGCCGCAGCCGCAGGCGGCAGUCCCCCCGGCCCCGCGCCCGCCCGGUGGGGCCCACAUGAGGAGCCUCUCCCUCGACGCCGCCUUCUUCGACGACCUCUCGCUGCAGGGAGGAGGAAGGGUUGGGAGCGGCGGCCUGGCUGGGCAUAAGAGGAGCGGCUCCAUGGACGGGGCGACCUCGCCGUUCGAGGGCGAGUCCGCGCCGUCGGGCUUGCUGCUGGACUACGCGAAGAAGGCGGUGCCCGCUGAGAAGCUCGCUGAGCUCGCGCUCCUCGACCCCAAGCGCGCAAAGAGGAUUCUGGCGAACAGGCAGUCGGCGGCGAGGUCCAAGGAGAGGAAGAUAAAGUACACCAGUGAGCUGGAGAGGAAGGUGCAGACGCUUCAGACAGAGGCGACUACGCUUUCAGCACAGCUCACGCUUCUUCAGAGGGACACUUCUGGUUUAACCACUGAGAACAGGGAGCUCAAACUCCGGUUGCAAGCCAUGGAAGAACAAGCUAAACUUCGAGAUGCUCUGAAUGACGCCCUGAGAGAAGAAGUUCAGCGGCUUAAGAUAGCCGCAGGUCAAGUCCCUAACAUGAAUGGGCCCUUCAAUGGAGGACUACAGCAGCAGCAGAUGGCAAACUAUUUCUCGCAACCGCAGCAGAUGCAAUAUUUCGGUGGCCACUAGGGUCAGCAUCACCGUCUGAAUCACCAUCCCCAGAACUCUUCAAACGGCGGCCAGUCCCUGAACGACUCAAUAGAUUUCAUGUCAGGUGACUUAGCUCAGGCGCCUGAUGUCACACAUACCAACCGCAACUAAGUACUUUAAAGGUAGCUGAUGUAUACCAUAUAUUCGUAUGAAUCAUUCCUAGGGUAGCUAGCUGUUCUUUGUACCAUUUAAUCAAAAAGUCAUUCCUGUAUGACAUUGUAUCAUCUCUUCCGCUCUUGGGGUAACGCCUUGACUGCUUGGCAACUAGACAUGUUGCGUAUCGUUGUUACCCUGUAAAGAUGCUCUUAUAGUGAAUGCAAUUGUUUUCCGAGUUGAAA